AAAUGUCAAGCUAGCCAACUCGCCUCGUCGGAGGCUUCCUCCUGGAAUCUGUGUAUAUUUAAUCAAACUGUCUGACGAUAACGUUAACGUUGCCAACCGCCAAUAAAAAUCCGAAGAAGAUAACGUUAAAUUAGACAUUUAACGGUGAACUUGUUCGUUCAUUCAUUUUGCUGAAUUUGAACUGUUUCUCCUUAGUUUGCUAAUGCUAAUUACCUGGCAACCCAGCUAGCUAGCUUAACAGCAUACAGUUACGACUGCUAACUAUUUUAAAGUAAUAAACGUGAAGAUUUAAAGUUAAAUAAUGUCUGGACCAAAUGGAGAUCCAAACAUCCCAAUUGACGAUGGUAUUAUCAACGACGAAGAUGAAUUCGAGGACGAAGAGUAUGAAGCCAUCAACUCCAUGCUAGAUCAGAUCAACACCUAUCUUGAUGACCUGGAAGAUCGGAAUGAUUCACUUAAUGGCAAACUGCACGAACUUCUGGAGUCAAACCGGCAAGCCCGGCUGGAGUUCAGGGCCCAACUGCUGGGUUCCCAGAGCCAGGAGGAACAUUGUCCUGCAGACGGGGACUCCUCAACCAGCAAAGAAUACUUGAACAAGGACAAUGGAGAUAGCAAAUGAGUGAUGAGGAGGGGGGUUGAGUUCAGCAAAAUACAGGGAUGGAAAUAUUUAUGAAAGUUGACUCAACUCCUUACCUCCGUCUGUUGAACUAAUGACCCUUGAUCUGUGUCGCCCAUCAAUUUCUUCCGUGAAUUUUUCUCCUCUACCACUGAACUCAAUCUAGUUUUUCCUCUUUUUGAACUGUGAUGUGCUGAUGUUUGUUUCCUGAGCAGAUUGGAGUUUAUUGCCAGUCACCUGGGACUAUUGCAGUAAAAUCUAAGUCACAUGUGUUGACAUUUAAAAAGCAAUGUCCCCCUUUAUUGUUAAGGUCCAAGUGGGACAUCAGAACAAAUUCUAAAGCCAGGAUAAAAGAAGACAUUUUAAAAAAAGCAGAUGCACAUGACAAUGACCAGUAUAACAUGCUGAUAUCUAUGGUAACCCAUCCUGUCAAACACAUUACUGCAGACUCUCCCAUGAUCUUCAGUAUGUCCUCAUGGCCCAUAGGGGCAUAGUCAAACUUCUGUGUAGUGUUUUGAAAUUGAGAUUUGUAAUAGCUUUUGUGUCUGUUCCUGUUUGUUUUAUCCCAAAAAGUAAAUGUGCAACACUACAGAUGUCUACCAGUGUAUUAAUGUUUGAUCUGCAGCAUGACUGUAUAACUGUCAAUCUGCUGUCCUGUUCAUUAUCAUUAAUCUGUUUAGGAUAAGUGAGCUGAUAAGUGUUUGUGUGUGUUAAGUGUUAGCCAAAAAGUCAAAAUGAAGUCAACAAAGUUUGGGAAUUGUCAAGACAUUUUAAUAUAAAUUAAAAUGACAGAAAACAAAAAUCCAAAAAUACAUAAAACUUCCAGCAGUUAGAAAACAUCUGUUUGUUCACCUUCAUUUAGUCAGUAGCUAAAUAAAAAUAAAAUAACAGCUUUUUUUGAAAUUAUCCUUUACACUUCCUUUUAUCUCCUGCUCCCUUCUGUUCUCAAAGCAGUUUCGUGUCUCGUUCCUUCAGAUAGAACAUGAUGCCGUGUUAUCAUGUGACAGCCGCCACCAUAACUACAAGAGUUGCUACAUGCGUCAGCCAACCACUUUUGUGGUUUAAAAUAUCCUUUUCUAAUACAUAGGAUGAAAUGUUUCCAGAACACACUAAUUAUGAAGCCUCAUGACUGCUGAAAU